AUGGCAGAUUAUCUUCAGAAAGCCAAGAUACUCUCUGACAACUUGGUGGCUAUUGGUGAGUUCAUUAUAGAUUCAGAAUUGAUUCAAUAUGUUUUAGGAGGAUUGGGUCCAGAUUAUGAAUCUCUUGUAACCAGUCUUGUUCUAAGACUUGAAGACUACACAUGUGAUGAAAUUCAAGCUCUUCUCUCUAAUCAUGAACUUCGAAUGGAGCAAUCAAAGCUUCUCUUUGAUGUUGCACCAUUUGCAAAUUUUGCUUCUCGAUCUACUCUUUAUAGGUCUCCUACUCCUAAAACUGAUGCUGGCAAGAACAAGAACAAAACUAAUAGAGAACAUAAGUCGAAUCCCUACCAAGGAGUCAAGUGUCAAAUUUGUCUCAAACCAAAUCAUAAGGCAACUAUGCUGGUGGUAAUGGCUCAGCCUACACUGCAAGCACUACAUCAUUCAUUGACAACAGUUGAUACCCUGACUUAG